AUGCUGCCCUCGGCAACGAGCAGCAGAAAUCGACUUCAGAUCUGCACUUGCAGGGCUCGCGGUUGCGGAAGGAAGACGUACACGCAUCCAAGCUCUGGUGAUGUAUUGCCUGGUCAGAUCGUGGACUCUCGAGAAUUAGCCGCGCACAGACGAGCAGAUGAGAGUCUCCAACUUGAGGAGAACGCCAGGGAUGCUAGGCUACGGCGCUCCGCGGAAGAGUCCGCCCCCACUUCAUCCCCAGAACCAGCCCCCACGCUUUUCGAAUGUCGUUCCCUCCGUGAAUUACGGGCGCUCAACGAGCAGCUGUCAGACUUAGCAAGCCUGAAUAUGCUUCCGGAGGACUACAUCUUCCUCAAGCGACCCAACUCGGCCACUAAAGAAUCCGAUGUAACACCAAACCUUCUCAGCGCGAAGGAAGCAUCCAACGCCCCUUUCUUCACUCGGCUCGAGGCUCUGGACCAUCUCUCAAGCUCUGUAGAGGGCGUAGAGAUAUCGUCAGACGCGAUGCCGCAUGCGAUGGCCGAAAGGGACGCCCUCGUCACUACCAUCAGCACCCAGUUCUCUCUCCUUGCCGAAGCUCUUUCUCUGGCAUAUUAUACACAAGCUACAACGCGAGAAGCUGAAGUCGCGAGACGGGUCGCUGACGGUACAAUCUUCGACACUCGCCUGUACCUGGAGCCGCCCCUCCGGAAUAUGCGACCUCCUGUCGCGGCCAUCUGCAUUAUGAUCGGCGCUGCGUUACUUCUUCUUGGGUGCUCCGAGGACGACUGUCGUUUUCUGCUGAGCGGCAUGAUUAUUACAGCCCGCUUGUUCUACAAGGACGCCGGUACCACCGACGAUGUAGCCGCCUCGCGCUCGGCAGAGAUCCCUAAAGACCCUCGUCAUGUGUUGAAGGAGAAGCUCCGCCUUGAUCGCACAAUCAAAUAUACCUCCUGGAUCUCCUGUCCUUCUUGCUAUGCUUGCUAUGACGACCACGGACCGGGAUCGUACCCGGAACGGUGCACCAUGCCCCCUUCUCCGGACGGAGAUCCUUGUGACGAAGUCCUCACACGCACACGCACGUUCGGAAAUCGUGUAUGGACGUACCCCGUGCGCCGAAUCCUCAUCCAGGAUCUGAAGGCUUGGGUAGCAUGGUUCCUCAGCCGCCCGGGGAUUCUGGAGUCCCUCAUCCCAGAGGUUGACCUCAAGGACGUUAUGUCGGACAUCUGGCACGCCUCCGGACUGACAACGUUCAUGGGCCCCGACGGCAAACCUUUCAUGACCGUCCAAGCUGGCGAAGUCCGUCUGGUUUUCGCACUGAACGUGGACGGAUUCAACCCUUUUCAAAUGAAGGAAGCUGGUAGAAAGGCCACGUCGACCGCCAUGUAUAUGGUCUGCCUCAAUCUGCCCCCUAAUGUUCGGUAUCGCGUCGAGAACAUGUUUCUCGUGGGCAUCAUCCCAGGGCCAAACGAACCGUCUACUUUCCAAAUCAACAACAUUCUCGCGCUGCUUGUUUACAUGCUCCUCGAGUUCUGGCAGGACGGGGUGUCCUACGAUCAACUACCUCUUCAUGACGAUGGGGUUUUGGUCCGGCUAGCUCUACUUCUGAUAGUCUGCGAUACCCCCGCCGCACGCCAAGUCUGUGGGUUCGGGGCCCACAACCACAACUUCUUCUGCCCAUUUUGCCUUCUAAAGUAUCCCCAACGGGACAACGUGGACAGAAGCACUUGGAUUCCCCGUUCGCUGGAGCAUUAUAGAGAUUGCUCUGAGAGAUGGCGGCAGGCGAAGACCCAGAAGGAGCGCAAGAGCGUGUACGCCGAGUCAGGAGUUCGCUACACUGCCCUUUCAGAGCUUCCCUAUUGGAAUCCCUUCCGCAUGGUUGUCAUCGACAUCAUGCACGCGUUGUUCGAAGGCAACCUGAAACGCAUGUGUCGUGCGUUCUGGGGCAUAUCGGCCGCUCAGGAAGACGGAGAUGGAACUACAUCAGACCCCUCCCCGCUUCCAACCCCGGACGCCCUCCUUGACGAGUUGUGGCGUCAUGUUCGAGCCUCUCCACUUACCGAGUUGCGCAAAAUGCGCCUGGACCAUCUACGAGCGCUCAUCAUUCGUUACAAUGUUCCGAUCACUUUGCUUACCGGGAGGAGUAAGAACGAGAAGGAACCGCAUGUACGCGCUUUGGAAGCCUAUCGCAUCGAGAAGGGCUGGUUCAAUGCCCAGGGCGAACGGCUGGGGGAACUCCAUCCGGACCAACUUCCGCGAAGCGAACUUGAGAUUCUUGAGCUCCGUGCUCAUCCUGCCGAGCUCGCCGCCCUGGAUGACUACUUUCAGUAUGCACCUGAUAUGGACGAGUUCAUGGUAUUCUCCAGGCGCGUGCUUAUCGCAAGUCUCAUCAUCAGGAAGUCCCUUGGUCCAAAAGAUUCUCAGCGUCACGCUAUCAACGAGAUGUCGAAGAGGGUACUUAUAGGCCAGUUGCAGUCUAUGCGCGUUGCAGCCGGCAUAAUUCACUCAAAUGGCGAGCUCGUCGACGACUCGGACGACACCAUCGACCACUUCCACGCUGCUCAGCGGAACCUACCCGGAUCGGCUCGAAAGAAGUCCGUGAUUCUCGGGCGGCGUCGAUUGCUGGAAGUGUGGGCCGACAUGGCGCGUACGAUCAUGCCCACUUGGAUGGGAAAGGCACCCUUCCAUAUGGGCGACGGCAAACAUCGCAAGGCCUCCGCGGAUGACUGGCGACUUUUCGUAUUGAUCAAUCUCGUUGUGACCAUGGUACGCCUUUGGGGCAAAUAUCCAGCGAUGUCACGAGAGCGCCAACUCCUUGACAACUUCUUGCAUCUCGUGUCUGCGACAAAGAUCGCGGCGUACCGCGGCAUGUCGGUAGAGCUCGUGCAAAGCUAUGUAUACCAUAUGACAGCCUGGCUCAAAGGCUUGACCGAGUUGUUUCCAGGCAUUCAUCUCGAAUCGCAGCAGCAUCUGUCACUACAUCUGGACGUGUUUCUCAUUCAUCUUGGCCCCACGCAUGCCUGGCGCUGCUUCGUCUUUGAGCGAUGGAAUUACCUACUUCAACUAAUCAACACCAAUAACCAUCUCGGUAGGAUCUCGCCUCUCUCGUUGUGGACAUUGCUCAUUCUUGAUCCAGGAGAACUCGAACUUACCAUGUUCUACCGUCUCAUUCUGCAGCAGCGCUUGCGAGCGAUGGUUUUCGACGGCGGUCUUAGCUCUGAGCUCAAGGAAUUCGAGCCCGCCUUCCAGGCACUGUUGCAUAAGGAUAAACGUGGCACCAUGUUGAACGAUAUUCUAGCUCUCAACACCGACGCGCCGCCGCCGCCGCCGCCGCCGCCGCCGAGACCAUCACGUAAAUUCAAGGGUGUCAUAGUCGAGGAAGCUAUCCUGCGGCAACUUGCCGAGCUCGCCCAUCGUAGGACUGGACUCUCACCAGACCCCAAACUCGUUCAGCCCAUCGAAGUGAAAACGAUCGAUGUCGGGUCUGUAUCGUUCUCGUCCGAGGCGCCCAACUGCUAUGUCGGGAUUGGCCCCCAUUUCCCCGGAGAUUGGAGGCUAGCAAAAGUCCAUCGCCUAUUCAUGUAUGCACCCCCAGGGAAACCCUCAGAAGGCGCUCGCAGCUAUUACGGCUACGCUGUCGUGCGCUACUUCCGUCUCUUGGACGAGGAGGAAGUGGGACACGACACGUAUCGUCAAUGGUCCUUCAUCGGAGGGAGGCUUCACCACGCCGACGUUGAGCCGGAACUUCACGUACUUCCGGUGGAGGACAUCCUCUUUCAUUGCUGUGUGACCCAGUGGGAUGCUUGGGAUGGUAUAGACGGGCCAGUGAUUCUUGGACUUCCAGGUGAUCGGUUGCAGUGA